CAACAAUCGCGCGCCUCAACUUCAAAUUUUAUUCCAAAAAGUUAAUUUAUUUAUUUUUAACACUAUUUACAAUGAAUAGAGGCGUAGAAAAGAAAGUAUACCAAUUAGAAGAUCUCAGUUCAUUAGUUGAUAAUGUUCCAGAAAACUUACAAGAUGCUGUAACUCAAAUUCAUUAUAAAAUGAUUUCUCAUCAAGCAUACGAUAAUAAUAGAUAUGUCUGGUCCAAAGAUGAUUUCGAGCUUGGAACACCAUUAGGAAAAGGAAAAUUCGGACGUGUUUACAUUGCUAGAGAACGAAAAACCAAAUUUCUUGUUGCCAUGAAGAUCCUCUUCAAAUCUGAACUAGUUAAAGGUCGUGUUGAGAAGCAAGUUCUUCGAGAACUAGAGAUCCAGUCGAGAUUAAAGCAUCCAAACAUCCUCAGAUUGUUCACUUGGUUCUAUGAUGAUCGUAAAAUUUAUAUAGCUCUUGAAUUGGCAAGUGAAGGAGAACUGUACAGGCAUUUAAAAGCCUCGCCUCACGGGAGGUUCGAUGAACACAGAUCAGCUAAGUACACCUAUCAAGUUGCCGACGCCCUUAAUUACUGUCAUUUAAACAACGUUAUUCAUCGAGAUUUAAAGCCUGAGAAUUUACUACUUACCGCAGAUGAUAAUGUCAAGCUUGCUGAUUUUGGAUGGUCUGCUCAUACUAUGUCAAAUAAACGUAAGACAAUGUGUGGAACCUUGGAUUACCUGCCUCCAGAAAUGAUUGAAGGAAAGGCAUACGAUGACUCAAUCGAUCAAUGGUGCUUAGGCGUUUUAUGCUAUGAAUUCCUUGUUGGCAAUCCUCCAUUUGAAUCUGAGGAUUCUGAAAAAACUUAUGCUAAAAUUAGAAGAAUCGACCUAAACUUCCCAAAAUUCGUCACUCUUGGUGCAAAAGAUUUAAUCACAAAACUACUGCGUCGCAAUGACAUGCGAAUCUCUCUUAAGGAAGUAAUGAUGCAUCCGUGGAUUAAGGAAAACAAGAAAAAGCCAUCACGUGAGACUUUUGCAAGACGCAAACCAUAAUUGUUUAUGUUUUAAUAGACUUUUUGGAUAGUAAGGUCAGAAAUUCAAAAGUAUUAAAAAGAUUUUUUCAUUCUCACAAAGAAAUCAAUUUAAGUAUAAGAUAAAAUAAAAAGUACAAUAAUAAUGUUAGCCUUC